CUUCACUGAAGAGAGUACAAACUCCCUCACCCAUGGGUUGCAAUAUUGCCGAUCCUCAUGCGGGAUUCAUGGAAGGGACCCCAGAAGACAGCCAGGACAUGAAUCUCGUAGUAUUUCGGGCAAUUCAGAACCAUGUACAGCAGCGUAGAUUUAAGGGAGAGCAGAUGCUGAGGAAGUAUCCACAACUUGGUUUAACAUUCUCCAACUCGGAGUUUCAAGAGGUUGAAGCGCUGGUCAAAUAAAUAGCGCCUGGCCUAAUUAGUUACCUCACUCUCCACUACCCACAUCAUCAACAAACGCAGAGCUUACCAAAGUUUGGAGAUGAGCAAAACGGAUUAGGCUCAAAUCUAACCAAAGAGAUGUACCCGGACAUCAUACAAAGACAAUUAUCUGAGAAGGCAUUGGAAGAACCUGAAACAGUAGAGGAACCGAAGGAAACACCUGAGAGUCCUGUUAAAACAGAGCCAUUGAGGAUAACUCUGGAACCAGAUCGAUUUCAAGAAUACAAAACGAGGAUGAACAACCUCUCAAAAUACAUGGUAUUAGGACACAUUGCAGGACGCACUCCUGGGGCUAGGAAAUUAACAAUAUGGGCUAGUUCCUCUCUACACAGAUCCUUCCGCCAAUUGACGAUCCGUUCCAACAAUUAUUUUGAGAUUCUCUCAAGAAGAGGGACGGAUCCACACGUUGGCGGAACAAAGAUACAGGCUGGAUGACAAUGAGAUAACCUUCAAUGCCUGGUCACCGUAUUUUAACUCAGACGCACCAUUCGACAAAUCCAGCCUGAAAACGUGUUUCUGGGCACAAAUCUGCGAGCUCCCACCUUUCCUAAGAACACAUGACUUCCUAAGGGAAACAUUCUUGGCAUUCUCUGAAGUACUAUUUGUAGAUGAUACCGAUAUGUAUCUCAGUAGGCUAUCAGGACCACGGGUCCGCAUUCUUACAGAGGAUGUGAAGAAAUUACCGCAAUCUAUUUUGCUCCCUCAACUUGACGAGGAAGGUGAGAUGAAAUACUCGCUAGAAUACAGCGGGUUACACUCACAGUGCAGUAGAUGUCGCUCAUUUGAACAUAAGGUUCAAUCUUGUCCAAUCCCCAAAUGCCCAAUCAUGGAAAAACCUAGGAGAACAAGUGGGAAGGAAAGGAGGGGAGAACAAAUGACAACCUUGAUUCGAACUGCUCAUGAAACCGACACUAAUACACCACGAACACAAAAGUUUACAUGGAAGCCCAAAAGAGAUCCACCCAUCAGUCAGCCCAAGACGAGAUUAGAGGGUACACAAGGCUAUAAUACUUAUACGAUGGACGGUAGAUUUUGGACUGCACUUGCACCAAACAGCGGCUUCGAAGGACAAGCAGCAUCUGCUGUAAUUAUCCCAACCUUCCACAGACACUCCGGGGGCAUAAUCGAGACAUUGAUGACGAUUGACAAAUCCCCUUUCUCAUUCUAUCUUACACAGGGACGCGACGAGAAAACAUGGGCAAUGAAAACAGCACAAACACAUUUAGUGAAUCAAAUCAUGCUACAUCUUCGUAAAAGAAUCGUCCUCAAGCACAAACAUGUCAACCCGAUUCGAACGUGGGAGGAGACAUCCUGGAUCUAUCACUGGACUCAACCUACUCCUGAUAAAUAUCUAUGUAUCAUGGUGGCGUUAGUAGAAUACAACCCAGAAAUCUGUACCAUGAGAAGUAUGAGUGGACUUCAGUGGCGAAAACUCCCACCAACUAUCCAAGAAAAUAUAUCACAUCAAAUUCGGCUUGGAGCCCAAGCAUGGCAGGGUCUCGGCAGAGAUCACACCGGGAUACGCAAACGACGGAAGAUAAGGGAUUUCUUGCGGAAAUCUCAACCACGACCGGACGUCCUUUUGAUCCAAGAACACAAGUUAUCACCAGAUGAAGGGAGUAAACAUGGAAAUCAAAUGGGUUUUAAAAACGGGGCUUCUUUCUGGAAUGAGGCCAUUUACUAUGCGAAUAAGGAUAGUUUCAAGGGAGGUACAGCCAUUCUAAUCUCAGACAAGGUAACCAAUAUAGUUAGGGAGCAUGGGGUUAUUAUGGGAGAAGAGCGCAAUUUGUUAUUAUACAAUGGUCCCCGAGAAUGAAAAUUGGCAUCAUUAAUACUUAUGCCUUUAACUAUAUUGGCUCCCGCACAAGGUUAUGGAACAAAAUUAGACAGUAUCCACUACCAGAUGCUCAUUAGAUAAUAGGUGGAGAUUUUAAUAUUAUUGAACAAUUGGAGGAUAAAUAAGGUGGACAACCAACGACAGCCGCUAAACUAGGGAAAUCAUAGCAUGGGAGAAUUGAUGGUUCAUUUUGGUUUUCAUGAUAUCUUUAGAGCCAAUGAAUUUUGAAAAGCAAACAACAAACAAUUUUUCUGGGAUAAUUGUCGCUCAGCCCUUGAUAUGAUUUGCUUGAGGUUAGAUAGAUGCUACUUGAAUCAAAACUUAACUCAAGUUGGAGGACUUAUAGCGAUCUGGCCCAUAUUGGCACAUGUUUUGGAU